UUCCUUCUCCUUCCGGUUUAUCAGCCGAUAUAAGCCGUCCCCUUUGUGUUUGUGCGGUGACAUCAUGGCAGGGUCAUCUGCGCAGAGUAGCACAGCGGAGCGCAUCGGAUACAUAAGCAGAAUCGAGAGCUUCAGCGCCUGUCACCGUCUUCACAGCAUUCACCUGAGUGAUGAGGAGAAUAAAAAAGUGUACGGAAAGUGCAACAAUCCCAAUGGUCAUGGACACAACUACAAAGUGGAAGUAACCGUGCGUGGAAAGAUUGAUGCUAAAACUGGCAUGGUCAUGAAUCUGACUGACUUGAAGAAAUGUAUCGAGGAAGUAAUCAUGAUUCCGCUGGACCAUAAAAACCUUGAUAAGGAUGUUCCAUAUUUUACUACUGUUGUCAGCACAACAGAGAACGUGGCUGUUUACAUCUGGGACAACAUGGUGAAGGUUCUCCCGCCCGGCCUGCUCUAUGAGAUCAAGAUUCAUGAGACCGAUAAGAACGUGGUCGUGUAUCAAGGAGAGUAGUGAAGCAGUGUUUGGCUUAGUAGCCCUAAAGUGCCAUUCCUUUCUAUUUGUUUUAGGCUAAUUGUUUACGGACUGACUUCACUCUAGUCACGCUGACUUUGAAAGUCUUUUAGACGUUGUUACUUUUGCACAACAAAGAUUUCAUAGAUACUGCCAUGUCUAUUCUUGUAAAGAGAAUCCCAUUUAUGAUCUCAUCAUUUUGAGGAAAAUUGGCCCUAAGAGAGAACAGAAGCCUGAAAAAUGUGGUUAUAAAAUAAACUGUAAAACAUAUUGUGGACUGAAUUCAAUUAAAUAAAUAAAACUUGGUUCUCA